AUGGAUUCUUUCUCUUUUCGUUGGGAAUACUAUCAGGCCCAAGAAGCACACAAUGAACACGAACACUCUACGGUGGAUGUGGCCCAGAGAAGUGAUGGAAAACUCGUCAUGGAAGGUACGGUAGGACUUGCUAUGUCCAUAUCUUUCAUACAGGUAUUCGAAGGGUUGUUAGAGAAGGAUAUGAUGUUCAAGUUUGACGAUGCUUGUCUGAAGGCAUUCGAGGAGCUGAAAAAGAAAUUAGUGAGUGCACCAAUCAUAGUGGCUCCUGACUGGAACGAGCCAUUCGAGCUGAUGUAUGAUGCCAAUGAUGAAAAGGAGUCGUUUGAUGUAGUGUGGGCGUUUGAUGAAUUCCGGGCCUAUUUGGAAUUUGACUUGGAGAUCCGAGACCUUAAAGGAACAGAGAAUCAAGUAGCUGAUCACUUAUCCAGGUUGUUUAAAGAUGCCCAUGAGUUCGUGAGGAGGUGUGAUAGAUGCCAGAGAACGGGAACAAUUACAAAAAGGCAUGAGAUGCCAUUGCAUGGUAUUAUGGAGGUUGAAAUUUUUAAUGUUUGGGGAAUUGAUUUUAUGGGUCUGUUUCCCUCUUCCAAUGGGUGCAAGUCUAUUUUAGUGGUCGUUGACUAUGUGUCGAAGUGGGUGGAGGCCAUUGCUCUUCCUAUAAAUGAUGCCAAGGUUGUGGUUAACUUUGUGAAAAAGCAUAUCUUUACAAGGUUCGACACUCCGAGAAUGAUGAUAAGUGAUGUGGGCACCCAUUUCUAUAACAAGCUGUUGGAUAAUAUCUUAGCGAUAUACGGGGUCAAACACAAGGUUGCGACAUCCUUUCAUCCUCAAAUUAGUGGACAAGUUGAGGUAUCAAAUAGAGAGAUAAAGCAGAUUCUUGAGAAGAUAGUUAGUGCAAGUAGGAAAGAUUGGGCUGCAAAGCUUGAUGAUGUUCUAUGGCAUAUCGGACCGCGUACAAAACUCCAAUCAGAGCCUCCCCUUACAAGCUGGUUUAUGGGAAGGCAUUCCAUUUAUCGGUGGAGCUUGAAUACAAGGCCUAUUGGGCGAUAA